AUGGCCUCCAAAUCUCAGAGCCUAAAUGGUUCAGAAAGUGAGUUUGAGUUUAUCGAAACUCCAAAAGCCCCUUCACCAACUUUUGAGAAAUUUGAAGAUUGUGGUGUAAGAACUACGUCGUACCCAUCUAUCAAGAAUGGUCCGCUUCCAGUAGACGGACCAGGCUCAGACAGUUUCUCUAACGUUGUAUUAUUCUCAUUUCUCGCUGGAGUUCCAACAUAUUUUUCUUGGAAGAUCGGCGGCGGCUGGAAAACCUCGAUAUUCUUCAGUCUCUUUACAACACCUCCAAUUUUGAUAUGUUUUUGGUACAUAGCAUCUUCUUACAGCCCACGAAAAAAUGACAAAGCGAAAGUUCCUGGUAAUCCAGUCGAACACUAUCUCACUUUUAAGUCCCCAACGGAUCGUGCUAAGUAUUCUGGUAUAAAUAAGAUUCCUAUGGAAACUUUUCAUAACAUGUACUUCGAUGGCCAAGUUGAUUUUAACGGCGACUGCUUAGAAGUUAUGGAGUAUAGACACGAUUGGGCUAGCUUUCGAUUUACUCUUAGUCUAUUUCACUUCGUAUUUUUCCAAUUUGCACCUGAAGUAAUUAUGCAUACUCGCUCGCAAGAUGAAGAACAGGUCCGAGACCACUAUGAUCGGGGUGACGACUUCUAUGGAUGGUUCUUAGGUCCGCGGAUGGUAUAUACUUCGGGUAUAAUUUCCGAUAUUCAGAAAGAAGAGACCCUAGAACAGCUACAGGAUAAUAAACUCGCCAUUGUCUGUGAAAAGAUUAACCUCCAACCUGAUGAUAGGCUACUAGAUAUCGGAUGUGGGUGGGGUACAUUAGCCAAAUUUGCCAGUGUGAAUUAUGGUACAAAAGCUAUAGGAGUAACCCUAGGCCGAAACCAGAUGGCGUGGGGAAAUAAUGGACUUCGCCGAGCGGGAAUAUCUGAGGAGCAAAGUAAGAUACUUUGCCUUGACUACCGUGAUAUACCUACUUCCGACGUCAAGUACAACAAGAUCACCUGCUUAGAAAUGGCUGAACAUGUCGGAAUUAGACACUUACCCGGCUUCCUGAGACAAGUGUAUGACAUGUUAGAUGAUGAUGGUAUCUUUCUCCUUCAAGUCGCUGGACUCAGGAAAAGCUGGCAAUAUGAAGAUCUCAUAUGGGGCUUAUUCAUGAACAAAUAUAUUUUCCCUGGUGCCGACGCCUCAACUCCUCUCAAAGACUACAUUGGUGCUCUCGAAGGUGCUGGUUUCGAGGUCAAGAUGGUGGAUACCAUUGGAGUUCAUUAUUCAGCCACAUUAUGGAGGUGGUAUAGAAAUUGGAUCGCGAACAAAGAGAAGGUCCUCGCAAAAUACGGCAAUAGGUGGUACCGAAUUUGGGAGUAUUUUCUCGCAUAUUCUACGAUUAUAUCUCGCCAGGGCUCAGCAACUUGUUACCAGAUAACCUUAGUAAAGAAUUUGAAUUCAACGCACAGAAUCGAAGGCAUCAACACUCAGUUUUCUCUCGCUGGCGCUCUGCAAUCAAGCAAGGCAAAUAACAAAUUCCAAUUCCCAAAAAAUCAUAUAUAA